CAUAGCAACCACCUCCCAAACAAAAACAAUGCCACGCUGCUGAAGUUUCGGUUGAGCAUUCGCUGAUAAAUUUGCUGUGUAUUAUUAUCAAGCCUUUUAUUCGUCCAAAUGUCGCUGAAAGACCUACAGCUGCCACCGUUGUUACACUCUGAAAGUCUUUCUGUUAGCAGAGGAUCACAGCGACACAUUACUAAUGGGAUAUCUAAGUCAAAGUUUAUAAAAACCAAUGCGGGGGAAACCUCUGGUAGCCUUUCAUCCUGGCCUGCUGAAGUUACCAAUCAAAUUGUCCAAAAGCCCAGAGUAAUAAAACAUCAUGGAUCUCUUACCAAGCCUCGUUUCUUAGAGCAGCUGGAGUCUCAUCUGAAGAGAGAAUUAGAAGCUUUAGACACACAUGGCUUCAAAGUCCAAGAGCUCAGACUGCAGGUUUUCCAGGAGGUGUUUGGAUAUUUAAUUGAAGAAUUUAAAACCUAUAAGCCUAUUUUCUCUGCCAUCAAAAAUGAGUAUGACAUCACAUUAGCACAUCUUCGUGACCAGAUCAGGGAUCUGCAACCGUUGCGGGCAAAGCUGGUGCUUGUGUCUGAACAGUGUGAGAAGAGGAUUCUGGAUCAGAGAGUACAGGAAAGAGAUGAGCUCAGAGCUCUGAAGAAAGAGUGUCUGCGCCUGCAGCGUGUCAUCGAGAGUAUGAGAGGACAACAGACUGCUCUGCAGAUUCAGGUUGAUCACCUAAAAGAGGAUCUGGCCACCCAGUAUCAGCUAUACCGGGAUGAACGUGAUGCACGAAAACUGCUCAUCACCAGAAUCAGCACAAUGACCUCUACCCAAGACACUGAACAUGAUGAUAACAAUGAAGGUUAUAUUGAAGAGGAUGAAUCUGAGGAUCCUGUGGUGGUGAAAAUGGCUUUGCAGGUGUGUAGAGAGGACCUCACCAAAGUCCAAGUUGAGCUUAACCGCCUCCAAGCCGAAUACAGUGAUGUGGUCCCACGACGAGACUGGGAUAACCUCAAUCAUAUACAUGAGGAGACUUUAAUAAAGCUGGAAACCUUACAGACAGACUUUGACCAGUUAAAGUCUGAGUAUGACGCAUUGCUUGAGGUUCAUCGUCAGUCAGCACCUGCUGUGUUACACUCCAAUCCGUCUGUGCUGCAACAUGGCUCUGAUAACAAACACAUUGUUACAACUCCUAGACCAAACUGGGAACAGUGUUUAGACAUACUAGGAGGCAGUGAGCGAUGUAAAGAGCUCUUUGAAGGUCAAUCCAGUCAAAAGAGGAUGGAGAUCUUACUGCAGCAGAUGAAUGGCCAAAAUGAGUUCUUCACUGGUCUUGGUACAUCCAGUGAUGUCCCCAUUUAUCUACAGUAUGAUGGGAAACUUAAGAAACUUAAGCUCAAGAAAGCAGAUGUAGUCAGAGUUAUUAAAGACAUCUGGAGGGAAAAAACCUCAGAGAAUGAAAAGAAUGAUGACGUCAGAGAUCUGCAGACAUUUCUUCACAGCUAUCUUGUGGAACAUUAUAAGGAUAAGGCAGGAGAGUGGGCUUACAGCUUGAUGGAAAGCAUUCAGAACAAUCUUGAAGAUGAUCUCAUUUGCCUUUUUAAUGACAUCUUGAUUGGGAAGGUUGAUGAGAGUAUCUACCAUGGACAGACUCAGCUGUUGUCUCACUUGCUCAAGGUUUUAAUUCAAAGUGACACAACACAAUGCGGAUCACUAACUGUAUUAGAAUUUAGUGAAGCAUUGAGGAAGGCCUUCCCUCUGAAAGCAGAUCAAGACAUAGAGGAGCUGUUGGCGGUGGCCCAGACAGAGCUGAAGAGUAACGGAGUGCGCAUUGCUUAUCAGACACUUUAUACAGAGGACACAGAUGGAAGACACAAAGAAUUCCUGAGUCUAGUUAAAAAACAAGCUACUGCUGAGAGACUCCAGUACAUCAGCGAGCUGAGAAUGCAACUAGAAGGCAAAGGGGAAGUGGAUGCAGAGCACCUCAGGACUGCCUUCAAGAUUAUCGAUCCCUCACUGGAUCCUGAAACUCUGGACUGGAAUAUAAGUGUAGCUUUUCAAACAAAGGAGUGUGAAUUACAAGAUCAAGCUUUGAACACGGAGGUUUUGCUGCAGCGUCUCUCUGUGGCUCAUGUAAAUAGGGCAGGGCCUAAGUGAUGACAGUUGUUAUGUCAAGCACAUUUCCAAUCUUUUUAUAGCACACUACAUAUAUAAACCAAGCAUAGCACUAGGGUAUAGAAAUACCUUAAUACUUUAACGGUUUGCAUUUUGUUUUAUAAUUAGAUAAAUCACAUAUCAAGAAUAACACAAUUAAAAAUGAUUUAAGUAGC